AUGUUGGCAUCAAGUGUCAAGAGUGAGAUUAUAAAGAAGAUUAAAGAGGCUAAAUAUUUUUCUGUGAUUCUUGAUUGCACCCCUGAUGCUAGUCACAAAGAGCAAAUGACUUUGAUAAUAAGAUGUGUAGAUGUUGCAAGUUGCCCAAUAAAAGUAGAAGAGUAUUUUUUGGAGUUUUUAAAUGUGGAAGAUACAUCGGGUUUGGGUCUUUUUAAUGAACUACAAGCUGCUCUAAGCUCUCUUGAUUUAGAUAUUGAUGAUGUGAGGGGACAAGGUUAUGAUAAUGGUUCCAAUAUGAGAGGAAAACACCAAGGUGUUCAGAAAAGGUUACUUGACAUAAAUCCUAGAGCUUUUUAUAUGCCAUGCGGUUGUCACUCUCUUAAUUUAGUACUUUGUGAUAUGGCAAACUCUUGUCUAAAAGGAAAAUCAUUUUUUGGAGCAUGUCAGGCCAUUUACAAUGUGUUUGCUAAUUCAACAAAGCGAUGGAACCUUUUACUUGAAUAUGUAGAUGAAUUAACUUUGAAAUCUUUGUCAGCUACACGGUGGGAAAGUCGUAUUGAAAGUGUGAAAGCAAUAAAAAGUCAAUUUCCCAAAAUAAAAGAAGCUUUAAUCAAACUUGCUGAAGUUGGUGAUGCAUAUGAUAAUCAUUUGAGUUGGGAAGUUGGGAAAUUAUUAGAUGGUGAAUUUUCAAGUUUUGAUUUCAUUUUAAGUUUGGUUGUAUGGCAUGAUAUUUUGCACAAAAUAAACAUGGUAAGCAAAAAUUUGCAAGUUGGAGAUAUGAUUCUUGAUGUUGCUAUUAAAAGUUUAAAAGGGUUGAUUUCAUUUUUUGAAAAAUAUAGAGAAGAUGGAUUUAAUUCUGCUAUAAUUGAUGCUAAAGAAAUUGCAAAUGAAAUGGGAAUUGAGUCUGUAUUUCCUGUGAAGCGUAGGGUUAUAAGAAAGAGACAUUUUGAUGAGAUUCCUGAUACAGAUAGAGAACAACAAUCAGCUCAAGAAGAUUUUAGAACUGAUUACUUUCUUGUCUUAGUUGAUAUGGCUCUUUCUCAAUUGAGGAGUAGAUUUGAACAAAUGGAAAGUUUUGAAUAUGUAUUUGGCUUCUUAUUUGAUGCAUCACGGUUGGUUUCAUUGGAUGAUGAAGACAUGAAAAAUUGUUGUUUGAAACUUGAACUUGCUUUGAAACAUGGUGAGGUGUCUGAUAUUGAUGCAAAAUAUUUGCUUUCUGAGUUGCAAAUAUUGCAGGAAAUGCUACCAAAUGAAGCAUAUGAAACAGGAAAACCAUGGAAUUCCAUUAAAAUUAUGGAGUUUGCAAAAAAAAAUGGAUAUGUUUCCAAAUAUUUUGGUUGCUUAUAG